AUGUUUGUCUAUCAGCACACGCCUAUCGCGCGAGUACCCGCCGACGUUGGCCGACUCUUGUUCGAGGAAUGCUUCCAUGCACAUUGCCACGAAGAACGGAUCACAUCUGCGCUCAUCCUUGCGUCUGUAUGUCGCGCGUGGAGAGCAAUAGCGUUUGACCUUUCCGUACUCUGGAGCGCGGUGCACAUUGACCUAAGGAGGCUUCAUGAGGAGCCUGAUGAGCAUUGGAAGGCUAUCUUGCGGAGGUCCCGCCGACAUCCGCUCGACGUUCAGAUUGUGGGCUUUUACGACGAGGACAAGCUGGAGCUGGUGCGCAUGAGGAAUGCCGUCCUAAUGCUCCUCCCCCAUCUCGAUCGCUGGCGGUCAAUGUCUAUCGGGGUCGUCACAAUUGAGUCCUUGACUGCUAUCCUCCCGUUGUGGGUGGACGAAGCCCCACUAUUGGAGACGUUGUCCUUCAGCAACGUUGCCCACACUCACCGUGUGUCCCGCUCAACAUCAACACUAUCGUUCGAUCCUAGGUUCUCUGCCCCACGGCUCAGCACUCUGGAACUGCUCUCAACACGACUAUCGCACCAGCAUCGUAUCUUCUGUGGCCGGUUUCCUGGCAUCCGUAAACUCACCCUUGAAUGUUCGCUCGACUCUGGCACAUUCUUGGAUGGACGUUUUCUUGCACAAUGCCUAGGACCUCUGAAAAGUCUCCAACGACUGGAGCUUGUUGCCAGUGGGUACGUGGAGUUCGCUCAGCUGCUCGAAGAUGGAUAUACCCAUGGCCUUAUUGAGCUGCCUAUGCUCAAAGAACUCGCAUUGUCAUAUAAAUUGGCGGAAUAUACGGUGCAAGAUAUACUCAUGUGUAUUAAGGCUCCGCAACUCACGACGCUAAUCAUCACACCUGCGGUUGCCCUCUCGUGGGAUGAUCCAUUGCCAUUCAUGCUAAAGACCAGGUUCCCAUCGCUGCGGACGGUGCAGCUCGGCUUCGACCACAAUAUGUACGAUCCGUUUUGCUGCACUGAUUUUUUCCAGAUUUUCGGCUCCUUCGAGCAUCUCGAGUUGCUCAACCUGCAGCUUGUCCGCAUUAACCAAGAGCCCCUCGAGUUCGUAGAUGUAUUGAGCAAAUGCAUCGAGAAUACCUCAUGCUGGAACCUCCCGCGCCUGAUCUCGGUGCAAGUCCGGGAUGAGGGCGACGUCGUGGCUGCCUCGCGACGCCUCGUGGAGGCGCGAUUAGCUGCGAGCUCCGGUGAUGGUCCCCAUUCAGAAGAAAAGCGUCCUUCAUGUCUUGAGAAGCUCUCCGUUGAAUCCAUAGAAGCUAUUUCCGAAGAGGAUCGUGUCUGGUUCGAAAGUCACUUGCAGUUUUUCGAAUGGAACAUAGUACCCGACGCUGGCGAGACGAUGGAGAACAAAUAUCUGAAGCUAACUUCUCGUCCAUUGACGAAUGGUUCCGAAUGUACGCAAUAUGUCUCUAUCUAG